AUGAGGAUAAUUAUUACCAAACAGCGCAGCGUGGACUGCGAGGGACGCGGCACAGCGGCGGUGCUGGCUUGCCCCCAGAACCGUAAACCCACCUUCACUCAGGGACUGAAGUGUAGGUCUGUCUUGGAGGGGGACCCAGCAUUUUUCCGCUGCAAGCUGGUGGCAUGCCCAGCGCCGCACAUGGCCUGGUUCCACAACAACCGGCCCGUCCUCCAGGACUGCCGCAAGGUGAUUCGCACCGAGAGCACGGAGCACACGCACUGCGCCAGCCUGGAGCUGCGGGACGUGCGGGAGCACGACGCUGGCAGCUACCGGGUGUUUGCCAUCAACAGCGAGGGCUCAGCCGAGUCCACCGCCUCGCUGCUGGUGGCCCGCGGCGGGGAGCGGCGGGGCUGGGGCUGCCUGCUGCAGCAGCGCCGGGAGGAGCGGCUGCGGGUGGUGCUCCGCUGCACCGGCUCCCCCUUUGACAAGGGCCAGGAGGCUGAGCCCGGGGACCUCUCACCGGCCCGGGGCAUGGUACGAACCAUCCGCUUCCAGAGCCUGCCGCUGGGCGGGCCGUGCCGCCCCGGGCUGGCGCACGGUAGGGAGCACAGGGCUGCAGUGGUUAAUGCUGAGGAGCUGCUGGAUGAGGAGAUCCGCUGGAAGCUGCAGAAGCUGCGGGAAGCAAAGAGGGCGGCACUGAAAAAGAAGCAGGAAUGCCUCAUGUCCGCGCCCCAGGAGGCACCUGCUGGGAAGCCCAGCCCACUUAAGGUGGCUGCCAGAAUGGUUGGCUCCAAGCCCCUCACAGUGCAGGUAGUGAAGCAAUACUCCAGGUCCAAGGACCUGGGGGAGAGAUGGCAGGUGCAAGGCGGGCUCCUGGAGCCCUGCCCGCCCCUCUUUGUACAGGAGAUCAAGCCCCAGGAAGCUGUUGAGGGACAAAGAUGCGCUUUCUCUUGCCUCUUCCAUGGCCGCCCGCAGCCCACCGUCACUUGGUACAACAACGACAAGCCCGUGGGGCGCAUCCAGGGCACUGCUGUUCACACCACGGGGUGCUGCUCCACGCUGACCUUCCCAUCUGUGCUCCCACAGCAUGGUGGCACUGUCACCUGUGUGAUCUUCAACCCACUGGGCACAGUCAGCACCUCAGCUGGUCUCCAUGUGAGGCGGCGAAUGCCAGCCUAUAAGUACACAAAGAAGGAAAAGGAGGAGAUGAAAGUGGAGGAAAAGAAAGAGGAGGAGAAGGUGAAGGAGGAAAAAUGGGUGAAAGAGAAGAAGGAAGAGGAGAAAAUGAAGAAGGAGGAGGAAGAAAUUGGUCUGGCCUUUGCAGCAGAGAAGAGACUGCUAAGUGCAGUUCCAGACUCAGACUUGCUGUCAUUGCCUGUGGAAAUCAAAAUCACUGCUCCCACUCCGACGCCAGAGCAAGACACAGAGAUGAGAGAGAUCCCACGACUCUCCUCAGAGCAGGCUGCUUCCACCAUAAAGCACAAAUUUAAGUUUUCAUUUGAUAUGGGAAAUGAGCCACCCCAAAUUGUGGCAGAAGCCCCAGCACAUAUUCAUUGCUGUGAAGGAGAGGAAGUGGUGUUGGAGUGUGCUGUGUCUGGGCAGCCCCCACCACUUGUGAGCUGGUCCUUGAAUGGCCAGAGCCUCUCUGACAGUGGGAGACUGAGGUUUGAAGAGGGCAAGAAUGGCACGUACCGCUUACACCUUCAAGAGGUGUCUGUCACAGACGCUGGGCGAUAUUGUUGUGUGGCCACAAACGUGGCUGGAACAGCACAGACUGCCUCUGAGCUGACAGUGCAGCCCAGGGCACCCAGGCUGUAUACCAAGGGUGAAGGUACUGAGGAACGGCCUGCCAUGGACCAUGUUCUGCACCUCCAAGGCCUCAGCAUACUUGGUAAGGGUGAAGAGGAGCAAAUUGCAUGCCCCAAGGAGGAGGAAGCCCACCUACCCUGGUCCCUGAGGUUGUCUCCACCUCCUGGUGAGCAGUUGGAAGAUUGUGAGGAAACACCUCACAUCAAGGAAAGUGAGAUGGAGGAACCAAUGGUGCUGGAUAUCAAGGAAGUUUAUGCAAGGCAGGAAAUGGGCAAUACAGAAGAAAGGGUGAGUUAUACAGAUGGUAUUUCUGAGAUGAGGCAGAACAUAGGAAAAGCUGUCUCUGAGGAACACAGCUUUGGAAUUGAUACCACUGAAUUGCACCCUGCUAUAUCCAGGGAAGGAUGUGAAUUGGUGGCCAAGGAUUCAGGUCACUUUUCUGAGGAGCUGGAGCCUGAAGGAGGCAAGGUGCUACCACAUACAGAUACCCUGUCCUGGGACAUCUUGAAGUCACCAUUUAUGGAAGUGCAAGGGCAAAUGCAUGGCCCUGAGCAGUCUGCUGUGAUAGGGGAGUGUAAGGAUUUAUCAUUUAUGGAAGUGCAAGAGCAAAUACAUGCUCCUGAGCAGUCUGCUCUGGCAGGGAAGGGGACGGAUUUAUCAUUUGUGGAAGUGCCAGAACAAAUACAUGCCCCUGUGCAGUCUGCUCUGGUAGGGGAGUCUAAGGAUUUAUCAUUUAUGGAAGUGCCAGAAAAAAUACAUGCCCCUGUGCAGUCUGCUCUGGUAGGAGAGUCUAAGGAUUUAUCAUUUAUGGAAGUGCAAGAACAAACACAUGCCUAUGAGCAAUCUGCUCUGGCAGGGGAGUGUAAGGAUUCAUUUGUGGAAGUGCAAGGGCAAGCACGUGCCCCUGAGCAGUCUGCUUUGGCAAGGGAGUGUAAGGUUUCACAAUUUUUUGUUCCUAUAUCACCUGUGGUGCAAGACAGAAGUGAUGUCUGCACAGAGUGUGAUGCCCCUGCUGGGGAGGCAGUGACCACUCCUGAUGUGCCUCUUGUGGAAGAGCCAAGUGUGCCCCACCUGCAGGACCACAUUGCAAGCACCCCCACAAAGGAGGAAUUUGGCUUUUAUGAAUUCUAUGCAAGACAGCAACAGGAGGAACAGGACAAGGAGCAAGAGAGAUCAGUUGGUAUUGAACAGGACAUUAAAGCUGACGAUAAUCUUUGUAAAGAAGAAGUGAUUGAUGAUGGUGGUGCUACACACUGGAAAAUACAAAGUGACAGGCAAAUGCUGCAAGAAAUGGAGUCUGAUGUAUGCAGCCCUUCUUUGAAUCUAAUCCCCACUCCUCCUGGCAUAGAAAACUCAGGUCAGGUUUUUACUGAGGAAGCUGAAGUUUGUCUGGAAGAAGUGCAUUUCAGAGAGCAGCUCUUGCCCUCUGAGCCUGACACUGAGAUCAUAUUUGAUCUGAAGAAGUUUGCAGAGCCUUUUCCAGCUGCAGAGACUGUGCAGACAGAACAGACACAAACCCCCACAGCACUGGAAAGUGUGGAGGUCAUCACUGGGAGCAUCUCCCCAGAGCACCAACAUGGUCUGCUUGAAGGAGAGAUGUCUCUGAGUGAGGAGCUGCGUGAGAGCUACAGGAUGCAGCAGGAGGAGGUUGGUGCCCAGGAAGAGGAAGAGCCAAGAGAAAUCAUAACAGCUGAUUUGCAAACUCCUAAUGGGGACCUUGGCAGUGUCAUGAUACCUGCUGAAGAGGGACAUGCUGCUGAAGAAGUUCAGGAGUCAAAGAUGAGAGUCUGUGGAGAGGACUCACUUCAGGAAAAAAUGAAUGAAUUUUUAGUGGAGCCCACACCAGGUUUCCAAAGAGGAGUUCAGGAAACACAUGUGUGGGAGAGUGGAGAACGACUGGAGACCAUAGACUCCCAGAGUGAUAGCUUCAUUAUGGACUUGAAAAAAGCUGCACAUGAAAAGAAACCCCAGGCUGGGCAUCAGGCUGAGGAGGAUGGUGGUUCUGGCACAGAAAAGUUCUUUGAGCCAGGAAGGAGCAGCUUUACCUCUGAGAUGGAAAGCACAGAUUCCCCUGAGGAGAUGCUCAGAGACAUCCAGCAGGAGCCAAACACAACCAAGGGAUUCUCUUUGGGGAAACUCAUACUUGGGUUAGUAAUGGAUGAUCCUGUGGCACAGAAGGAGCAAAGGAAGGAAUCUUGGGACAAGAAGAGGAUUCCCACUGAGGAAGCCUCUGAGAACAGUCUGGAUGGAGAAGAAAUGUGGGAGGAUACUUCUGCAGGUCCAGAGCCCAGGGCUGUUCAAAUCUCAGAGCUGGAGCCUGAUUUGUCCCUGGCCAGUUAUUUAAGAUCCACUGGGAUAUAUGAAACUCCAGCUCUCAAAGGCACAGUUCAGAAGGAGCAGCGAGAAACUAUAACUUCACUGGAAGUGGAGGAGGUUACCUUCAGCACGGUUUAUGAUUAUUACAACAACCAUCAGGAAUUUGCCCGGCCCUUCUCUCCUGAGUCAGAAAUGUCUAUAGAGCUGGAGGGUGGGAGCAGAGAGGAGUCACCCGAUUCAGACCGCUUCUACACACCUCCCUCCUCUGUGGAAAUCUUUGAAACUGCUUCAUCAGCAUCCUACCACACGCCGCUCAGCACGCCCGAGCGCUACUCCACACCGUCCGAGGGCUCUGGGUACGGCACGCCGCCUGAGCGCUACUCCACACCGUCUGAGGGCUCUGUGUAUAGCAUGGCCCCGGAGCACUACUCACCUUUCGAGGGUUCAAAAUGCAACACACCCUCAGAGCAGUAUUUCACACCCUUUGAGGGACCCUACUCUGCAUCAGGGGACAGCACGCCGCCAGAACGCUACCGGACACCCACUGGGGAGUAUAUGGAUGCCCUGACCAUGCUCCCUUUCUGUGAGAGGAGGGAGAGGAGGCAUCAGCCUCCAGACCAGCCCCAGUCAAAUGGGUUUAUGACCCCCUGUGAAGCCCUGGAGCCAUCAGGCAGGGACAUGCCACCAGCAUUCCUCAAGGCAUUGAGCGGGAGGAGGUUGUAUGAGGGCAGCACACUGAUGUUUCUGGCUGAGGUGGUGGGAGUGCCCAAGCCAGGAGUAAAGUGGUAUCAUAAUAAAUCUCUGCUGGAGCUGGAUGACAGAGUGCAAAUAGAGAAGGAUGGGGACAAAUACAUUCUGGAAAUCACUAAUGUCCAGAAAGCUGAUGAAGGACAGUAUCUGUGCCAUGCAGUGAACAUUGUUGGGGAAGCUAAAAGUAUUGCAGAGGUGGAAGUUUUGCCUGAAGAUGGACGGUCACUGGCACUGCCACCCCCUGUCACUCACCAGCAUGUUAUACAUUUUGACAUGGAGCAAAGCACAUCUUCAAGGUCCCCUUCACCACAGGAAAUCCUCCUGGAAGUUGAGCUGGAUGAAAAUGAAGUGAAAGAGUUUGAGAAGCAGGUCAAAAUCAUAACUAGUCCUGAGUUUAGCCCAGACAAGAAGAGCAUGGUGGUUUCCCUAGAUGUACUUCCACUUGCGUUGUUAGAACAAGCUGCAGGCUUGGCAGCAGGGGAGAAUGAGGAUGUAAAAAUUGAUUUCCAAGUAACUGAAAUGCCUCCACGCUUUGCUGUGCCUGUUACAGAUACUGAGGUGAGAGAAGGCUUGGAUGCAGUCUUUGAGUGUGUUGUAACGGGUACUCCUGUCCCAGUAGUUCAGUGGUUCAGAGGUGACACAUGUGCGACACCUGGCACAGGGAAGUAUGUUGUGAGUCAGAAGGAGGGACUUCACAGUCUGAAGAUCAAAAGUGCAGGACCUUCUGAUAGUGGCUUGUAUCGCUGUCAGGCAGUUAACAGGCUGGGAGAAGCAACGUGCAAAGGCUCCCUUGUGGUCAUGGCUCAGCAGGAAGCAAAUGCAGUGAGCAGUGAGACAGAACGGGUUGAGUUUAGGGCAGAGGACUCAGAGAGCUGCAGCUUUGAGUUCCAGGUCACAGAAGCUCCUCCCAGAUUUGUGAGGCUCAUUUCUGACUACAGUACAUUUGUAGGUGCCUCAGUGUGCUUCCAGUGUCUUGUGACUGGUUCCCCCCGUCCCAGUGUCCGCUGGUACAAGGAUGGGGUGCUGUUGGAAGGGGAUAGGUACUGUGCACAGGAAGAGCAGAACGGCUUGCACAGUCUUACCAUUGAAAACCUGAUGCAGAGUGACAGUGGGCGGUACAAAUGUAUAGCUACUAACAGGGCAGGAACUGCUGAGACCUGUGCUGUGUUAACAUUAUACUGAAUUUCCAUAAUUUAUUUCGGAGUCUGUCUUGAAAUACCAAGUGUUUUUAUGAUGUUGUUCACUGCAGGUAAAAAUGCAGCACUCAU